AUGUACACCUUGAUGGGAGGCGGACUAUUGUGUGCGGUCUCAGGCCUGGUCCUUCUCAUCGUUGCCACGGCGACCGACUUCUGGAUGCAGUAUCGCUACUCGGAGAACUUGAGCAACCAGGGGCUCUGGAGGUUUUGCGUGAGCGGCAAGUGCCACCCCCACACCAUCAGAAUUGGAGCGACUCUCCGGGUCGUAUCUAGGAUGCAGCUCAUGCAAAAUGCAGCCGCUCACAUCCUGCCAGCCUUCUGGGACGCCACCCGGGCAUUCAUGCUGCUCUCCAUCCUCUCCUGCUUCGCGGGCAUCAUCCUGGGCCUCACCGCCUUCUCCAGCAAUGCCAGGGCAUCCCGCACCCGCUCCGCCGGCAUCACCCUGCUGAUCGCUGGUCUCUUGGCAUUGCUGGGGCUGUCGGUGUACACUGGCGUGACGGUGAAUUUCUUCGGUAAGCGCUACGCUAACUGGCGCUUCUCCUGGUCCUACAUCCUGGGCUGGAUCGCUGUCAUCCUCACCCUCUCGGCAGGCAUUUUCCACAUCUGUGCCGUCUCCAAGAGGCCGUCCCCGGAGAGCUCCAACGUGGCGAGCGGCUGA